AUGGCUGCUGAGAGAAAGGCUCCAGAGGACAAUGGCACUUGGGUUAUUAUUGACCUACCCCCCAACAAACGGGUCGUGGGCUGCAAGUGGGUUUUCAAGACCAAAUAUAAGUCUGAUGGAACCAUUGAAAGGCACAAGGCUCGCCUUGUUGCCAAGGGCUUCACACAAACCGAAGGCCUCGAUUACACAAGAACAUAUUCUCCAGUUUCCAAACUUACCACUUUGAGAUGUUUACUUGCUGUAGCCGCUACCCAGAAUUGGCAUCUAUUUCAACUUGAUGUGAACAAAGCUAUGUCGCCUUAUCAAAUCCCUCUACGACCUCAAACAGGCCUCUCGGAAUUGCAAUCUCAGGCUGACUAUUCACCUUUUACUCAACGUCGUGGCACCUCCUACACUACAGUUUUGGUAUAUGUCAAUGAUAUAUUAUUGGCUGGUAACGGCAUUGCUGCUAUUGAUGCCAUCAAAGCCUAUCUGCACUCUCAGUUUCAUCUCAAAGAUUUUGGAGUUUUGAAAUACCUUUUCGGCCUAGAAGUUGCUCUCUCCCCUUCCGGAAUAUUUCUCUCGCAACGGAAAUACGCUCUUGAUAUUGUACAUGAUUAUGGCCUCACAAAUGCCAAACCUACUGCUUUUCCCAUGGAUCAAAACAGCCGUUUUGAUGACACACAAGGUGAACUUCUAGUCGAUGCCACUCACUACCGUCGGCUUCUUGGAUGCCUCCAAUAUUUGACGGUCACCCGUCCAGAUAUUUUGUAUGCUGUGGAUACUCUUAGCCAGUUCUCUAGAAAACCGAAGAAGGUUCAUUGGGAUGCUGCUCUUCGCAUCCUUCGCUACAUUAAAGCCACACCUGGCCAUGGUAUCCUUCUCAGCUCCACCAGUUCACUUUAG